AUGGCCGAGCCUUCGAGCACGUUUAUUUGUCCAAUUACGCAUGAAUUAAUGAAUGAUCCAGUCAUUGAUCCCGAUGGCAAUAGUUACGAACGAAAAGCUAUUGAAGCUUGGCUCCACAGUCAUGGGACUUCACCCAUCACACGAGCACCACUUGCAGUUACCGAUCUUCGUCCUAACCGUGCCUUGAAAGCUGCAAUUAGUGAAUAUCGCAACUCGGUACAACCUAAAGAGCAAACUAAUCGUCAUUCUCAAGCAAAAGCAGUGCCUUAUGAAUUGACAGCAACAGGAAACUAUGCAAACGGCUUUGUUCAUAUUUCUAUUCAGCCACCGCCGGACACAACACGUUCUCCGUGUGACAUUUGUUGUGUCGUUGAUACAUCAGGCUCCAUGGCUGUUCAAGCAGAAAUUCAAAAUGACUCAAACGAGAAAUUCGGUUUAUCCCAAUUGGAUUUAGUCAAACACGCGUUGAAGACCAUCAUACACUCAUUGCUACCACAAGAUCGACUAUCAGUUGUUUCAUUUGCCAACAAUGCAACAGUUCUCUUUCAAUUGACUAAAAUGGAUGAAGAUGGGAAGUCAAGUGCUUUAGCAUCCUUGGCAAGAUUAGACGAUAAUGGCCAAACAAAUCUGUGGGAUGGUCUUCGAGCCGGUCUUGAUGUUUUGACCAAAGGUCAACGAGCAACUGGGGCUAAUGCAGCUCUUUUUCUUCUCACAGAUGGUUGUCCGAAUAUGGAGCCACCACGUGGUCAUUUACCAACAUUAGAAAAACUGAAGAAAAAGACAAAUUUUACCUGCACCGUGAACACAUUCGGUUUCGGAUAUGACUUAGACAGCAAGCUGCUCGAAGAUAUUGCCAUCCUGGGAAAUGCUGGCUCGUACGCAUUUAUCCCGGAUGGAUCAUUUGUCGGAACCAUUUUCGUUAACGCUGUCACUACAUUAUUAGCAACUGUUGCAACAAAUGUUCAUGUAUGUGUCGAUGGACAGCGUAUUGAAUCGUCGGAUUAUACACGAUGGUAUUCAACGGAGAAUACUGGCAGAUCUACAACUUUUGACAUGGGUUUGAUCACAUUUGGUCAAAGCAAGGAUUUACUUAUUCCUCUACCUCGUGAACUAUUGCGAGGUUGCAAAUUCUCCAUUGUCUAUGAUACAUUGCAAGAGAAACGAAAAGUAGCGCAGAUCGAUAUUAAUGAAAGUCAUAACCCAGAUGCUCUCCAUCGAAUAAAUCAACAAAAAUUUCGCCUUCAAGUGGUUCAUAACGUACGCGUUGUACUCGAAGAAAUGCGUAAAUUUCAGAAACAUUCUACUGCUGGAAGAGAAUCCCUUGAUGCAGCGCUGAAUCAAUUGAAAUCGUUAGAAAAUGAAAUGAGAACAUGUGAGGAUCGCGAUGAUGAAUAUAUCAAAGAUUUAUUAGCAGACUUAACAGGACAAGUUCAAGAAGCGAUUUCACGAGAUGAUUGGUUUGCGAAAUGGGGUGUUCAUUUCUUGCCUAGUUUAACUCGUGCGCAUCUUCUUCAGUAUUGUAACAAUUUUAAAGAUCCUGGUGUGCAACACUACGGUCGAGGUGCACUUUUCUCAGAAAUUCGCGAUGAUAUGGACUCGAUUUUCUGUGGCCUCCCUGCUCCAAAACCUUCGCAACAAACAGGUGCUCAAAUCGACAUGUCGGUUUUUAACAAUGCAUCUGGUGGAUGCUUCUAUGGUGCAUGUACAGUGCGUUUGAUGAAUGGUACAACAAAACUUGUACAAAAUGUUCAACCGGGUGAUUGUAUGGCACCUCAUGGUGGAAAAGUCACUUAUGUUGUGAAAACGAAAUGUCAUAAUGGAAAGACUUCAAUGGUUUCAUUAGACAACGGCCUCUUCAUCACUGCUUGGCAUCCGAUUCGUCUUGAUAAUCAAUGGUUAAUGCCAUGUUCGCUUGUAUCUAAUCCAGUUGAAAUAUGCUGUAACGAAAUUUAUAACUUUGCCCUCGAUGGAGGUCAUACGGUGCUAGUUAACAAUACUGAAUGUGUGACCUUAGGACACGGAUUUAAAGAGGAUAUUGUACGACAUGAUUACUAUGGAAGUGAGCGUGUUAUUGAGGAUUUAUGUCGACUAGAUCAUGAACAGAAUAGAUCUGGAAUUGUUGAAAUUACUGAACAAGCUUUAGUGCGUCAUGGACGAACUGGAAGAGUGCGUGGUUUACAAGGAAUUACUAAUCAAGAACAAAUAUCAGUUCAAUAA